GGGCUCUAAAUCAGUAUUUUUUCUGAUGAACAUGAACACUAUUUUCCAGACUUUGAUUUUUGUGCAGUUUGAUACACAUACUCUGUAUGCCUUUUGCAAUUUCCUUUAUCUCAACUGGCAUUUAGCAUGGUCUCUUGAGUCUUGACUCUUGAUUAUACCAGUUUGUAGCUUGAACCUUUGGAAUCCCUUAGAUAGAAUUGACCACAUAAAGGCAAUUAGUUGCAUAACUGAGAAGGAUUUUGAAUCUUGACAAACUAUAUUUACUUCAAGCAUUUUGUUCUAGGCAAUGCAUAUGCUUUCAUGGCACUGAAAUUUUUGGCCGACUUUUGCUGUCCUACCUAUGCUCCAUUUCUACAACUGAGUGUUCUGCCUAUCUCUGUAUUAAGGUGUACUCGGUGGACUCUGCUAAUAGCUUUGUGACUUGAAAUAGGUCUAUUAGUUUGUAUGCUUUAUAAUUGCAUUCCUUUUAGAGAACAAUGCUAUCUUCCUACUAGUUUUUAGUUUAUAAAUUAAUUGUUAUUGCUUUCUUAACAUUCUGGUUAAUGAUGCUUUUGCCUGAGUCAUAUUUGACAUGAAUAUUAUUAUGGAUUCAGGAAAUGUUUCCUCAAUCAUCUAUUAUCUUUAUGUUUGACUAUGAACUCUAUUUGUAUGAUCUUUGACUUCUAGUUUGUUCCAUUAUCUUUUGAUAGUCAAUCUGUUUACUUUGACUUCUAUGCCUUGCAUUAUUGUGCUCGUUCUAAGUAGGUUUUUUCUGUGUAUUUAUGAUCAGUGGUCUGAGUGUGAUCUGUUUGUUUUAUUAGGUUGAUCAAGUAUUGAUAUUUCUUUGUUUUAUGGUUCUGAGUGCCUAUUCAUCCAUGUGAAAUCUCUCUCCAUGUAUGUUCCCUUUUUCAUUUGUGUUUCUACCGGUGACCAAAAUGGUGUCAUUUUGAUGAAACUAUGCAGAAAUUCUCACUUUUUACUCUCUGAGCAUCAUGACUCCAUCAGUUAAAAUAUAGAGGAAUCUUUUGGGGAUAUCUUGUUUUAUAUCAUUUUAAUGAGAAGACCAGCUGAACCUAUAGGUGUCUAGUAGACUUUUAACUGCAUGGUUCCAUUCUUUCAUGUAGUUGACUUCACUUGGCUGUGUGACUAGUUAUACACGUGGUUUUCAUGAACUAAUGUGACUUUGUUGUGAGGUGCAUUUUUCUUGCACCUGCAAUUUGCAUCUGUUUUUUCUCUCUCUCAAUUAGGAAGGCGAAUACAAAAGAAAACCGCAUAGUUCCAACGCAUACACACAUCGUAUUUUUUUUACAAAAUAUAAAGACAUGCCAGUGUUAGUGAUAUAUAUUCUUGCCCAAAUUAUCUGUGCAUGCUUUCUUUUUCUCGCUGAAGUUACAUAGUUCAGUCACAGUCCGUGCGUUACUAGUUUAAUUUACUCUGUAGAGGCUACUAGUUUUAUUUACUCUGUAGAGCUAUUACCGGCUACAUUCACAUGAUUUUUUGCUCGGUGCCAUUGCUUUUUCUGUUGACUUAGAAGGUACAAAACAUUAUAGGACUUGGCUUCUGAUUAUGACAACAUAUUAGUGAUUGUGUAAGUCAAAUAGGUACAAUCAAAGCUAAAAACAAUUCCACAUUAAUGUAGUCAAUGAAUGUGACAUAAAUCUUAGUUCAUUUAGUAAUAAUGUGUGAUGAGAAAAACAAAAAAAAAUUGUAUAUUUUGAAGUAGAAAUAAUGUGUGAUAAGAAAACAAAUGUUUGAAAUGUCAUAGCUCGAUAUAGUUACUUCGUGGAAGCAAAUGUACUCAUCAUAAAGUGCAGCUGUUCUUCAGGAAAGCACAACAGAGCAAGGCUAUCGGCUGGCAUAAUUUAUUGGUGCCAGUUUGUGCGAUUAGUUUACAGGUUAUGAACAGAAUAUCUUUUAGGAUCUCCAAAAGGAGUGAACCCACAAGCAAUCUGGCUUUCCCAUGCUUCGAAUUAAAAAGUUGAACUUUGCAAAGUCAGAAAAUAAACUCAAGUGCUUAAUAGGCAAUGAUCAUAUAUUAUGUUCUUCGUUUAUAUGCUAUUGUUGAUAUGUUGUUGGUUCGUUAGGUAUUUUGUAAUGCAUACCCGUGCAGUUUGCCACAUAAAAUUGGAGGCAUCGCUUCUUUCGUACAGCUAAAGGGUAAGAAUCAUGGCCAUAAACAAACUUCAUCUUGUUCCCUUGGAAUCAUUUUCCUUCCCAGCAUCUUAGCUGUUGCUGUUUGACAAGGAGAGGCAAGAAGUCCCUUUUGAGGACAUGCCAGAAGUACAGUUGAUUUGUACACCAUGGUGGAUCUGAGUCAUGUGCAGCUCUUAAUUGCUAGAUGGAUGCAGGUCACUUGUUGCUGAUGAGGAUAUCAGCAGCGUAUCUCCAGCAGUUUCAGAUUUGUCGGGCAUUGCGGAAACCUGACACCUUAUGUGGAAACCUACAUUGUGGCCUCCAUUUUUCUUUUCUGGACGCAAUUGUGGCCUCCAUUUUGAUGAUGCACAUGCUCUUCGAUUCACAAAAUGUGCCAUAAUCUGAAUUUAGAAUCUGACUGAGUUUUCUGAAGGCCCUUUGGUAAUCUUGCUGCAGCUGGUGCCCUGUUUGACCUUUACAAAGGUGGCAUUUUACACAGCAUCUUUGCAUUUGUUCAGUUUUUUCCCCCUGUGUACUAUGUGGUCUAAAUUGCAUUUAGAACUGCAUGGAAUGAGGCUCUAGCUAGGCACAGGCUCAUCUCUAUGUAAAUCUAGUUCAGAAAAUUUUCACUGGAUUGGCCCUUUGUUUCAAAUGUACCCUUGAUCUGAAGUCCUUUUCCCGGAGAAAAUGAUUGAGGCUUUGAGAGUUCCGCAGAAGAACGUCAGUACAUUCCACAUUGAAGAAUGUAUCAUCGUUCCUCUAUAAUCAGCAGAGAGGCGUUAGCAUAUCUCCUUCAGUUUGUAAAGAAUGUUCAGAUUCCCUCCAGCAUGUUCGUGCAAGCCUCUCUUUGCAUAUCCUGUUUUCUUUAUUCCACCUCCCCCAACUAUUUUAUUCUAUUCUAUCUUUUGGGGGUAAACCCUGUCCCUAUUCAGAGAUCAUAGACUUCCUGUCACAGCCCUUGAUGAGCCAAUGAUUAGUAAAGUGUCCCCAAUCAUUGAACCUCCUUCACAGCAGACAGGCCACGGCACUGUAAUCUUGGAUAAGUCACUGUCCUGUCUACCAGCUAGCAGUUGAAGUUUUCUGAUCUUGUAAUUAACCUUCACACCCCCAGGACACACCUUACCUUGGUUGAUUCUAGUCGUCGUUAACUUAUGGCCAUAAACUACUUCAUCCCAACCGUGGACCGCCAUUUGUUUAAUCAUAGUCACAUUUUUUAAAUUUGAAGAUUAUGCUCCUGCCUCCAGCAGCAUUUCUGAAUUCUGGUUCCUGAACAGUAUAAAAGCACCUGCACUUUGUGCACUAGUCUUCAUCAAGCUAGCAUCUCAGACAUCAACAUCUACACACUACACAACCACCUCUGACCUCCAGGUCCUCAUUACUCAUCACAAUGGAGGCUGGAGGGUUGAUCACCGAGGUCGGUUGGACCGAGUUCGACUUCCUGUCGCACGGCGAGGAGUCGGAGGCGAUGAUGGCGCAGCUGCUCGGUGCCUUCCCGUCCCAUGCCGAUGAAGGUCAACAUGAGCUGCUGCAUUGGCCUGAUCAAGCUUCCAAUGCAUACAGUGACAGUAUCCCACCUUCAUGUGGGGGCUACUAUUUUUUGAGCAACUCAAAUGAGGCCCUUGGGAGCAGCUCCUGCACUGCACCAACAGAUGCCCUGCCGUUUCAGGAGGAGCAUGGUGCAGGUGCAGCUGAGUACCUGGAUGUGACUGCAAACCAUUCCUUCAACUGUUAUGGGAAUGGUGAUCCGAGCUAUGAGGAUCUGGAUGAUCCGAUGAGCGUCAGCAUGCUUGGCUCAGUAAGCACCGCUCCAGACAAGAGCAAGAGGAAGCACAUGGUAGAAGAACACGAUGGCCAAACCCAAAAGAGGGGCCGGAAAAGCGCGCGGAAUGUUGGUGAAGCUAAGCGAGCCAAGAGGGCCAAGAAGAGUGGAGACGAAGACUCCAGCAUGGCCAUCCGGAAUGGAAGCCCGACCAGCUGCUGCACCUCUGACAGCGAUUCAAAUGCCUCUCUGGAGUCUGCAGAUGGCGAUGGCGAUGCCGAUGCUCGUCGUCCCAAAGGCAAGGGCCGGGCAGGCCGUAGCGCGACGACUGAACCCCAGAGCAUCUAUGCAAGGAAGAGGAGGGAGAGGAUCAAUGAGAGGCUGAAGAUCCUGCAGAACCUGGUGCCCAACGGGACCAAGGUGGACAUCAGCACCAUGCUUGAGGAGGCAGUGCACUACGUGAAGUUCCUGCAGCUCCAGAUCAGGCUCCUGAGCUCUGACGACACGUGGAUGUAUGCGCCCAUCGCGUACAACGGGAUGAACAUCGGCAUCGGGAUCGAUCUCAACAUGGACAGAUGAUCGAUCGAUCGCAAAGCGUUCGCUUGCCAUCGAUCGACGCGUCUCUUACCUGACUGACACUCAUCAUCAUCAUCAAUGUGCUUGCUUGUUGCAGUCAUCAGUCUGCAAGUUUCUUUUUGCACAGCGCGGUUCGUCAGCAGUCGCUGAGGGAUCGAUCAUACUGGAUAGAUACACAACAAGUUGUAGCACGCCCAGUUGCCUGCUUCGACACUUACAUCAAAAACUGUUUUUUUGUUUUGUUUUGUUUUGUUUUGUUUUAGUCCCAUAUAAUUGGACGGGACGUUUUCUUUUCUUUUGAGAAGAAAAGACACCUUUUGACAAAGACCUUGAGACUUGUACAAGUUUGAAACUGUUCUCUUGGGAGCAGAACCAAGCACUUGCGAUUGAAA